AUGGAGGAAGUAUGUGUAAAUGCGGCUACUAAAUUUACACAGUGGUUCAGCUUCUGUCUCCAUCACAGGACAGCGAACAUACUCAAGAUGGCUGAAGAUGAUGAUAAAUUAUACAGAUGGGAAACUGCCUAUGAAAGAACUUGGGAGGCAAUCAAAGAAGAUGAAGAAGGUUCAUUACAGGCCAGCAUCAGUGAAAUUACCCACAAAGCAAAGCGUCGCCGCCUCUUAGACCGAAUUGGGAAUGUUCGCCUUGGUAUGAUGCGUCAUGUCUACUUAAUCAUUGAUAUGUCUUCUGCUAUGUCUGAUCCCGAUCUGAAACCAAGCAGAUUGGUAACAUCUGUAAAGCUACUUGAGAAUUUUGUAGAGGAGUAUUUUGAUCAAAACCCAAUCAGCCAACUUGGAAUUAUUUUGACGCGUAACAAAAGAGCAGAGAAAAUAACAGAACUUGGAGGUAAUCCUCGACGGCACAUUGCAGCUCUACAAAAUAUCAGUAAGAAACCCUGUCAGGGUGAACCAUCUUUGCAGAAUUCUUUAGAUAUGGCAGCACAAACUCUUAAGCAUAUGCCUAGUCAUGCAAGUCGGGAAAUUUUGAUCAUCUUUGGUAGUUUGACAACCUGUGAUCCAGGAGAUGUCCUGGCCACAAUCAAGAUGUUGAAAGAUAAUGCUAUACGAUGUUCUGUGAUUGGAUUGUCAGCAGAGGUGAGGGUUUGCAAGAAAUUGUCACAUGAUACUCAAGGGGAUUAUAAUGUAAUCCUUGAUGAACCUCACUUUAAAGAUUUAUUGAAUGCUCAUGUGAGCCCACCUCCGGCAUCUGGAAACACAGAAUCUUCUUUGAUUAGAAUGGGUUUUCCACAUCAUCAACAGAAUGUUGAAAAAGACAAGGAGGAGCGGCCAUCAAUGUGUAUGUGUCAUCUUGAUGACAAAGCAACGCAAAACUUCAGCAGUGGUGGUUAUUUUUGUCCACAAUGUCGGAGCAAAUACUGUGAACUUCCUGUUGAAUGCAAGUCUUGUGCACUGACUUUAGUCUCAGCACCUCACCUGGCUCGAUCAUAUCAUCACCUGUUUCCACUCCCUCAAUUCAAAGAGGCACCAUCAUCUUCUGUUCCAAAUUCAGAAUCCUUAUUUUGUUAUGGAUGUCAGAUUUCACUGAAAGACAAAACUAUUUACACCUGUACCAAAUGCAACCAGAUUUUCUGUAUUGACUGUGACCUUCUUGCACAUGAGACACUACACUGUUGUCCUGGUUGUGCAUCAUCUCGUAACACACAGCAGAUAGGCUUCAUUGAUUCGCUCACUUGA